AUUUAAUGUACAGUAUAACAUAUGCCAAAAAUCGACUUCCUCAUAACGACAUCACCAAGUAAAAUGCGAACAGAAAAAUUUAAGUUCCAAGAAACUUCUUAUAUACUUUCUCCAAUUUCACGUUAGAUUUUUUUUCCUGUGCAUCAAAGUUAAAAAUUAAACAUCAGAAAUAUAAAACCACAUAUAAGAAUUAAAGUGUAUUUUGUUUAUGUGGAUGGAUCGAUUGUUCUAUGCAUCCAAAUGAACGAAACACAAUACAAAUUUACCAAUUCAAAUUUCGAACUAAAUCAACCAUUCAUUAGUCUGUGUACGUUCAACUACGCAUGAGUCAAACCAAUCCAUUAGAUGACGAUCGCACAAGUUUAAUCCAUCAGCUUUCAUUAUAGUCGCUACCUAGAAUCAUGAUCGGACGUUUGAAUUUUAAUGGGCCUACAAUCUACAGAUUUUCAUAUAACUAAACUCACAUCGUGUCUGCGAUUCGAAUUAUUAUAUCAUGAUUAUGAUAUAAGCUACAAAUAGAGAGAGCGACCAGUAGCCGGUAUUUGAUUAAGCAUACUUGCUCCAAAGAUAUUGGAUAAACUCCGUAGGUUGCUGAUGAUAUGGAUGUUAUGUUUGAUACUGAAACAUAUACAGCGAAUUGUCCUAUUCUUUAUUUUGAAAUUCAAGUAGUUUGCAGUUUAGAGAGAAUAUAGGCCAUUUCAUCUUUGUGGUUCCUGUGGAAAGAAAUGGUAAACAAACUCGUAAGCCGUUGGCUGAAGUGUAUUAUCUUGCUGAAUGCCGUUAUAAUAUUGAUACUUUAUUCAGUCAUUCCAAAAUGGAACGAUGAAUACAGUGUGCUUCCAGCACGGGCUGUGCCUGACCAAAAUUUCCAACAUCCACAAACGUAUGGAAUAAAUAGUAGUUCCAUCGGCGUUACUGACAUUUCUAUACCUAAUGUAAAUGCGACCAAUAUGUACGUAAUUGACUUCGGCAACGAAACGCGAUUUAAUUUUGGAGAAUUAUUGAAUUUGCUAAAGACACCUUGGAAAAAUAAUAUAUCAUAUAUAUUACAAUUUAGACAUGAUUUAUCGUCAUUUACGGAAUCGUUACGGAUGUUAUUCGUGACGAAAGAAAGUACAAAGCUUGGUAGUAAAUUGCAAUAUGUUUGGACAAAGUACGGUAAAGUCACCAUCAACCAUGUGAUCUUCAAAUAUCUUCCAAAGAAUUCACCGUUUACUGGAAACUACACGAGAUGCAGCCUGGUUGGUAAUAGUGGCAUUCUCACAAAUAGUAGAUGUGGGUCGGAUAUAGACAAAUCAGAUUUCAUUAUACGCUGUAAUGCUCCUCCCAUAAAAGCAUUCGCAGAAGACGCUGGAAAAAAAUCAAAUCUGACGACUGUCAACCCAUCUAUCUUAAGGAGAACUUACAAUAAACUACGAACAAGAAAAGAUCAUUGGAAAUAUUUGAAUGGCAUGCUUCAAUACAAUAUGCAUCUCUGGUUACCUACAUUUGCCGCAAAUUAUAACGUCGAUUUGUGCCUACGGGCUGAUAGAAUGAUGAAAACGUCAAAAAAGUAUCCAGUGCACAUUUUGCAUGGACAUCCCCAGCAUUUUACUGAAGUUAUGAAUUUUUGGAAGCAAAGAGGCAUAAACAAGUCAAUUACAACAGGUUUCUAUAUGACGAAUCUAGCCCUGCAAUUGUGUAACGAAGUACAUUUGUACGGUUUCUGGCCGUUCCACGUGGAUCUAUACAACAAGGAAGUUCCGUAUCACUACUUUGACGACACUCAACUCGGUAUUGGAAAAACUUUCCACAACAUUAGCAGUGAAUUUAAGGCUCUCUUAGAGUUACAUAAAGCUGGGGCUUUAAGAUUGCAUUUGCGUUGCUAAACAUAAUGUUACGUUCGUUUUGUUUUGUAGAACAUUUUCAUUCAAACCGCGAAUAAUAGAAAUAAAGUUUUUAUGACGAUUUAAAGAAAAUUUCACAAUAAGCAUCCAUAUGGAAAGUUACAUUUAAUGAGACAAAAACCAAAGCAAUUCAUUUUAAGAAAAAUAAUGUUCAUAAAAUAAAUUUAAUGUCCAAUUGCAAGCCUAUUGACUUCGUUACAACGUUUAAACAUGUAGGUAUACAUUUUAGUAAUGACCUAACAUGGACAUACCAUGUAAGACAUAUAAUUGAUGAAUCCUAGCAAAAAUUUUAUUUAUUGGACGGGGUAAAAAAAUUAUCUAGAACUACAAAAGAGAAAAUGUAUUUAACUUGUAAUCGAUCCUGUAUAGUAGUAGGCUUACAAACCUUUCCUACUAGCAGGCCCUAGCAUCAGUGGCGUAUGGGUCUUGAAAUGGAAGGGAGCUGAUGGGGGUGGGAAUGUAAAGUGGGGAUCGGUGAUUAGGUGAGGGGGCUAACUUGCAAAAUAAUGUGAUUUAAGGUGAUUUUUAACUACUUGAGUAUGAUUUGUGGGCGGGGGAUUGGCGAGUAUUUUUUUUCUUGGGGGAGGGGCGUGCACGACCCUUGCACAUCCUAUAUAUGCCAACACCUAGCAUACCCUGCAAUUUACCCUACGGUCCGCCACUGGUUAGCAUGGGGUAUUCCACUUGACAAUACAGGUUGUAUUAUAAUACACUAUAUUUUAUUGUUCCACACUUUUUUUAAGUGUGCUUACCUCGUUUAUUCACCGAAGUCACAGUAGAGUGAAACAAAUAGCUUACACUAGUCAGAAUUUUAUUCUAUUUCAACGCAAUUAAUUUAGCAUCGUAUAAACAAAACAAUGAAUGACUUAUCAUGACACAGGAAGGAAAAUUGAUUUUUAUAAAAAUAAAAAAAUACAGAUUCUGUAUAAUAUUGAGUUGGUUAAAAUAUUAAUAGCGUCUUUCUGUUAAUAUUUAGUAGCAUUUGUCGACACUUGAAUUAAUAAGCUAAGAUAGUAUAAAUUCUUAGCAUCGAAAUGUACGCCAUCCUGUCGGGAUUCAAUAUUUCGACAUUAAUUAUGUCAUCAUCAGGAAUGAAAUAUUGAAUCCCGACACGGUGGCGUGCAUUUCGAUACUUGGGGUACGUAUAACGCGUAGUUGAAUCAUUACACCAUGGUGUUAAGCAAAACUUAUGUCAUAAUGCAAGUAACACGGAAAAAUAAUAUGAUUAAUGAACUGUGCGGACCUUCUCUCGUGAAUGAACAUUAUCAUGAAACACUAUGAGAAAUUAUUUCCAAGAUAUUGUUCUGGCAACCUGCACAUAGUCAAGUUAAAAGAGGAAAAAAGGAUUGACAUAUCUGGAUCAACUAGAAAAAGAUACUACGGUAAUUUACUAAGAUAUGUUGUUUCCACAGCCAUGAUGGAACGAGAUGGAUGGAAGCAGUUGCAAACAAUUCUUGAUCGACAAAUUUAUAUUAUAAUUUUUUAAGAUAUUUUGCUUUCUUGCUUAUUAUGUAUUUUGGGGAGGAAUUUUCUUUUUCCCAUACAGUAAAUAAAUUAUAGAGGGCGCUAUUUAAGGUAAUUUAUGUGAACUGAUAACAUGGAUAUGCAUCAUCCUGACUUCUCCCUCGCGAGUUGCCAAGUUGUGCUUGUGGAUGAAAGUAUGAAAGUACGGCGGAUAGUAUAGGGUUGGGUAGGCCAAAAGUUCUGGUAGUCGACAUAGUAAACAUUAAUGGACUUUUGUAAUAAUAAUAUACCUAUGCCUAGACACUAUUUGCGUACAUCAUGAUCUUUGAAAAUAUAAAAAGCAGUACAAUA